AUGGCAUCCUCAUCCUUCAGAGACUCCAUGAAUUCCCUCGGAUGGUCACGCCGAGAUCCGGAUGUGCCUGUCAACACUGCUCAGCAGACCGGCCUCUUAUCGUCAAUCAAGUCGUUGAACCCUUUUGGCGACAGUGGCUAUGUUAGACUUCCAACGACUGAGGGAGCCGGGGCACCACUUCCGGCCAGGACUCGUCGAGAAGAAGAUGAGGCUUGGUUUGCUUUGAGCAGAUGGGACCGAAUUCUUAUCUUCAGUGGCUGCAAUCUCGGUGCUCUUGCUUGUUUUGUUAUUGUUUUUGCCUUAUGGCCGAUCAUGAUGGCAAAGCCUCGCAAGUUUGCUAUCUUAUGGUCCUUGGGUUCAGCCUUGUUCCUUGCAUCAUGGGCUGCUAUGAUGGGCCCAAUUACUUAUGCCCAGCACCUGAUAUCGACACCACGCCUCCCUUUCACUGCAGCUUAUUUCGGGUCCAUUGCCCUCACUCUAUAUUUCAGUCUCGGUCUUGGAAAUACAAUCUUGACCUUCAUAUCCUCCAUUGUGCAGUUGGCUUGUUUGUUAUGGUAUCUAGUCAGCUACUUCCCUAUGGGAUCGAGUGGGCUGCGGCUUGCGACAACCUUUGGGGCUCAAAGAGCUGCCGCUUGGGUGACAGGUUAA